AUGGGGGUCCUGGUCCUCCUCAACGCGCUGGCCACCCGGCUGCUGUUCGUGCUGCACUCGCUGGUGGGGGUCUGGCGAGUGACCGAGGUGAAGAAGGAGCCGCGAUACUGGCUGCUCGCACUGCUCAACCUCUUGCUGUUCCUGGAGACGGCGCUCACUCUCAAGUUCAAGCGCGGCAGAGGCUACAAAUGGUUUUCACCAGCCAUAUUUUUAUAUCUGAUUACCAUCGUCCCGUCUUUAUGGCUUCUUGAAAUGCAUCAUGAGACCCAGUAUUGCAGUGUCCAAUCUGAAGGGAUGUCAAAGAAUACCAGCAGAAAAGACAACUUCAAUCAAACGCUGACAUCCAAUGAACAAACCAGUGGAGCAAAUGAUCUCAUUGAGACGGCCCAAGGUUUUGUAAAUAACUUAUCUACAGUAUGUGAGAAAGUCUGGACUUUGGGACUCCAUCAGACAUUCCUGUUAAUGCUAAUAAUUGGAAGAUGGCUUCUACCCAUUGGAGGCGGGAUCACUCGAGACCAGCUCUCUCAACUUCUCCUUAUUUUUGUGGGGACAGCCGCUGACAUACUGGAAUUCACAAGUGAGACCCUGGAAGAACAGAAUGUAAGGAAGAGUCCUACACUAGUCUAUGCCAUCCUUGCUUUAUGGACUUGGAGCAUGCUGCAGUUUCCACUUGACCUGGCAGUACAGCAUGUCAUGUGCCCCUUGUCUGAGACCUCUAGGGGAUUCCCGGGCCUGUUCUUUUGCCAGUACAGAGCUGAUCUGUGGAACAUCGGAAUUAGUGUCUUCAUACAAGAUGGUCCCUUCCUCAUCGUGCGUCUCAUACUGAUGAUCUAUUUCAAGGUGAUAAAUCAGAUGCUGGUGUUCUUUGCCGUCAAGAAUUUCCUUGUGGUGGUGUUACAACUCUACCGCUUGGUGGUGCUGGCACUGGGAGUCCGCACUUCCUUGCGAAGUCGGUUGGAAGGCCCAAAAAGAGAGCACAAUUUUCCAGGUCAAUCCUCUGAGAUGCGGCGCUCACCUGGGGUCUGGGACAGCGACCCUCAGGAAGGCCUGGCCAUUCCUUUGGGAGCCUCAUCGAUCACCUCCCACUCCAUACCAUAG